UCGGUGCGGACGUCAAACUUGGAUAUUUCCCGGCGGACCAUUAUAUACAUCAUAACCAAUCAUCAAAUACACGAACAUUGAAGAAACGAAUGGAUGAGAAACAGCUACGAGGAAGUUCUUAUGUAGAAGAAAAAGUGUCUGAAUAUUUGUACAUAUUAACUAUAUUUAAAUUCAACGAAAGUAACGAAGGAACGUAUGUUUUGAAUUGCAAAUUAGCAGGAAACACGAAUGAUGUGCUGCUUCAUAUUUCAGAUAGACCAAGUUACCCAGUUCUCGGUCCAAAGUCCCAUGACUUUAAUACAACAGAAUGUAUCUAUGUUUAUGGAGGCUCCGACGUUCAUUGCAGAACUGAAAAUGGAACCGAACCCGUACAAGUGUUACUUUUAAUAGGACAUGAUUUAUUUGUUCUUUCUGAAAGCGAAGGGGAAAAAGGGUCGUACCGACUCGAUAACGUUUAUCAAAAAAUGGCUGGACUGACAAGACAGAAUGUGACAUGUCAGGUUUCUAAUUCAGCCCUCGAAACACCAUACGAAGUGCACGGCACUUUGUGUAACAUAGAUCCGCCGUCGGAUCUCUCUAUAUCGGUCAACACAAUGCACCACUAUAGCAACAAUGUUUCUGUAUGUUUCUUAAACAUGUCUUGUAAAACGGAUGCAACAAUUCCGCCUUGCAUAAUCGAAUGGUCAAGUGACAACGAUAAUGUAAGAUACGUUCGCAGCAUCAACUGGACGAAUGGAGAAAGUGGGAGUUUCCGAUAUGUUUCCAAUGUGUUCUUCAAUGUCACUAAAGACGUGACUGGUGGAACUAUUACAUGUUCAACAAGAUGCGAUCAUUUCCCAUCGCAUUUAAGUGCAAGCUAUGAUAUAUCGUGUUCUGGAAGCCAUCCCCAUGAUAAAAUCAAUCAGACAUCCCGAUUUCCUGUCAACAAGGUCCUAAUUGGAACAGGCGUUUUCUGUGGCCUCUACAUCUUGUUUAUAAUCGGAAUCGGAAGAUGUGUAUUACUGAAACGGCGAAAGGUCAACGCAAUCAACACAAUAGAGAUUGUUGAACAUCACAGAGUUACCUCGGCGGACAAUGGCGUGCUUCACAUAGCAUCGGAAGGAGUCGAGUACGCAGUCGUACAGAGGCAAGCCGCCACACAGGGAAUUGAAACGCAGCAAAUACAUGAUGUCGACGGCCUAGCGUACUGCGAGUUGGACAUUGACUUCCUACAAGAGGCUAACGCCAGAGUUUCGCCAAGGAGAAAGAAUACGCCGACGGAGUAUGCUGACAUUGAGUUAUCCUCAACACGGGAACCUCAGACGAAUGUUAAUCUAGAUCAAAGACCAAACGAUUUUUUCUGA